AUGGGCCCUACUAGGGCAUCCCCUCCCGAGGGGACAGACUUAUCAGCAUCUCCAACCCAUGCCAGCGCCGAAGAAAAGACACUAGCCGAAUCCGAGAAAAAUCAAGAAAGUCUCCCAGUCUCCUCAUCCAGUAACACGUCGUCUGACAAAAAGAGUCCCAAGGAAAAGACGGAAAAGCUCACUGCGACGGGGGCGGAAGUGCCUCCGUCUGAUCGUGCGGAAUCCCUUGAACUGGAGGCUGUUUUAAAAGAACUUCCGGAAGAUGAGAGACGCAUUAUUCAGGAACAGCUGGACUCUCCGACUGUGCAGGUCAAUUUUUUCAGCCUCUAUAGAUAUGCGACGACAUGGGAUCUGGUGAUUAUUGCUAUUAGUGUCAUCUGUGCUAUUGCCGGAGGUGCUGCUCUACCGCUGUUCACUCUGCUAAUGCUCCUGCGGAUCCUCUUCGGUCAAUUGACCACCGAUUUCCAAGGUAUUUAUUUAGGCACGGUCGGGUACGACGAAUUCCAUCAUCAACUCGUCAAGAACGUACUCUACUUUAUUUACAUUGGUAUUGGUGAAUUCGCUACCAUAUAUAUUGCGACUGUCGGUUUCAUAUAUACCGGAGAGCACAAUACUCAAAAGAUCCGCGAAGCUUAUCUCCACGCAAUUCUGAGACAGAACAUCGGCUACUUUGAUAACAUCGGUGCCGGUGAGAUUACCACCCGUAUCACAGCUGACACCAACCUCAUUCAGGACGGAAUUUCCGAAAAAGUGGCUUUGACGCUGGCAGCAUUGGCUACUUUUGUCACUGCAUUUGUGAUUGCGUAUAUCAAGUAUUGGAAAUUGGCUCUCAUCUGCUCUUCGAGUGUCGUCGCUAUUGUCCUUGUUAUGGGCGGCGGCUCGCAGUUUAUUAUCAAGUACAGCAAACUAUCUUUGGAGAGCUAUGCUGUGGGAGGCAGUUUGGCAGAGGAGGUUAUCAGCUCUAUUCGCACCGCCACAGCAUUUGGUACGCAAGAACGGCUGGCCCAACAAUACGAUAAACACCUUGGUGUGGCCGAGAAAUGGGGUGCCAGGCUGCAAACAAUCUUUGCUCUCAUGUUAGGCGGCAUGUUCUGCAUCAUGUACUUGAAUACAGGUCUAGGGUUUUGGAUGGGUUCCCGUUUUGUCACAAACGGUGACAUUCAAGUUGGCCAGGUUCUGACCGUGUUGAUGGCUACGAUCAUAUCGUCGUUCAGCUUGGGAAACGUUGCGCCGAAUGCUCAAGCGUUUACGAGCGGUGUUGCUGCUGCUGCGAAAAUCUUUAGUACUAUCGAUCGAGCUUCACCUCUUGAUCCGACUUCGGAAGAAGGUCAGAAAUUGGACGAAGUUGUAGGCAGCAUUGAGCUGCGCAAUGUGAGUCACAGGUAUCCUUCGCGACCAGAUGUGCCUGUCAUGAAGGACGUGAGUUUGUUCAUUCCCGCCGGAAAGACGACUGCUUUGGUCGGUCCUUCGGGUUCGGGAAAGAGUACGAUUAUCGGAUUGGUUGAACGUUUCUAUAACCCUAUCCGUGGAGAAGUCCUCUUGGACGGUCACAAUAUCCAAUCUCUUAACCUGCGAUGGCUUCGACAACAUAUUUCGCUUGUCAGCCAAGAGCCGAUUCUUUUCGCUACAACUAUCUUUGAGAACGUCAGAUAUGGCUUGCUCGGUACAGAGUUCAUCAACGAAAGCGAGGAGAAACAGCAGCAACGUAUUGAACAGGCUUUGGAGAUGGCUAAUGCUCUUGACUUUGUGAACGCUCUUCCUGAAGGCAUACAUACCCAUGUUGGCGAGCGAGGUUUGUUGCUCUCUGGUGGUCAGAAACAGCGUAUUGCUAUUGCUCGGGCUGUUGUUAGCGACCCUAAGAUUCUUUUGCUCGAUGAAGCCACAUCUGCUCUUGACACGAAGUCCGAAGGAGUCGUUCAAGCAGCUCUAGAUAAAGCCGCCGAGGGCCGUACCACCAUCGUCAUUGCCCAUCGAUUAUCCACAAUCAAAACGGCACACAACAUUGUGGUCUUGGUCAAUGGCAGCAUCCAGGAACAAGGCACCCAUGAUCAACUGAUAGACUCCCAAGGCGCCUACUACAGAUUGGUUGAAGCACAACGCAUCAACGAAGAGAAAGAAUCCAAAGCUCUCACGGAAGGAGAUGCAGAAGAGGAAGCCGCCGCCCUGGAGGAAGAAGAAAUAGAGCGCACGACAUCUCGUAUUAAAAUGUCUCGCACGUUAAGUUCCACUGGCUCUGGACUGAAACCCAGCCUCGAAAGAGAGACUACACGCAGAUCAAUAUCGAGCAUCGUUCAGUCCAAGAAGGAGGCCCCCAAGGAAGUGCAUUAUUCGCUAUGGACACUCAUCAAAUUCAUUUACUCGUUUAACAAAAAGGAGACUCCCUUUAUGCUGGUCGGUCUUGUUUUUGCCUGUCUUGCAGGUGGUGCUCAACCUACUCAAUCCGUCCUCUAUUCCAAAUCCAUCGUCACCCUAUCACAACCUCCGAGUCAAUUCGCAAAGCUGAGACACGACGCUAGUUUCUGGUCCCUCAUGUUCCUUAUGCUCGGUCUCGUUAUUCUUCUCGUGCAUUGCACGCAAGGUGUUAUGUUUGCAUACAGCUCCGAAAAGCUUAUUCGCCGGGCACGUAGCCAAGCUUUCAGGACAAUGCUGCGUCAAGACAUCACCUUCUUCGACAACGACGAAAACAGCACAGGCGCCUUGACCUCAUUCCUCUCAACAGAGACCAAACACUUAUCCGGCAUGAGCGGCGCCAACCUCGGAACACUCCUAAACGUGACAACAACUCUGUGCGCAUGCUGCGUUAUAGCUCUUGCUGUUGGCUGGAAGCUUGCCCUAGUCUGUAUUGCAACUAUCCCCGUUCUAUUGGGCUGUGGAUAUUGGCGUUUCGCAGUCCUUGCGCAAUUCCAAGAACGAUCCAAGAAAGCAUACGAAAGCUCGGCUAGUUAUGCGUGCGAAGCGACUUCUGCCAUUCGCACCGUUGCCUCGCUGACCCGUGAAGAGGACGUUUUAAAUACUUAUCGAAAACAACUAGAAGCACAGACGAAGAAAAGUCUGUUUUCCGUCGCAAAGUCGUCUGUCCUAUACGCUGCUUCUCAGGGAUUGUCGUUCUUUUGUAUGGCUUUGGCCUUUUGGUACGGUGGAGAACGCUUUGGUAAGCACGAGUACACCAUGUUCCAGUUCUUCCUUUGCUUCACUGAAGUCAUCUUUGGAUCACAAUCGGCGGGUACUAUUUUCUCCUUUGCGCCUGAUAUGGGUAAAUCGAAAAAUGCAGCUAUCCAGUUUAAGAAGUUGUUUGAUCGUCGUCCGGCUAUUGAUGUCUGGUCGGAGGAUGGACAGAUAUUAGACAGUGCUGAGGGUACAGUCGAGUUUCGAGAUGUUCAUUUCCGCUAUCCGACUCGUCCUGAGCAACCUGUCCUCAGGGGUUUGAAUUUAACGGUCAAACCGGGUCAAUACGUUGCUCUAGUUGGCGCAAGUGGAUGUGGAAAGAGUACAACGAUUGCACUUCUAGAACGAUUCUACGAUCCAAUUUCCGGUGGAGUGUAUAUUGAUGGCAAGAACAUUGCUAGUUUGAACGUCAACUCUUAUCGCCAACACCUGGCUUUGGUCAGUCAAGAACCAACUCUUUACCAGGGUACGGUCCGAGAGAAUAUUCUCUUGGGAAGUAAUGCGACAAAUAUAUCGGAAGAAGACAUAAUCAAAGCCUGCAAAAACGCCAACAUCUAUGACUUUAUCUUAUCCUUACCAGACGGCUUCGACACCAUCGUCGGCAGCAAAGGCGGCAUGCUCUCCGGCGGCCAAAAACAACGCGUCGCAAUCGCUCGCGCCCUUCUCCGCGACCCCAAAAUCCUCCUCCUGGACGAAGCCACUUCAGCGCUAGACUCUGAAUCCGAAAAAGUCGUCCAAGCCGCACUAGAUGCAGCUGCUCGAGGCCGAACCACAAUCGCAGUCGCGCACAGAUUGAGUACAAUCCAAAAGGCGGAUGUGAUUUAUGUCUUUGAUCAGGGUAAGAUUGUCGAGAGUGGGAAUCAUCAGGAGUUGAUUCGGAAUAAGGGGAGGUAUUAUGAGCUUGUGAAUUUGCAGAGUUUGGGGAAGACUCAUUAAUUUUCCCCCUUCAACUUUUUAUAUAGCAUUCUUUUCCAGCGGUGUUUUGGAUCUACGUUUUGGAGCUGAAAACUGAUAUACCCUACUUCCCUCACUUUAUUCAUCUCACUAACUUGCAUUAUUGUACUGUUCUCCCCGAUCAUCUCCUUUCCUAUAUAUUCUUCUUCAUUCCCCUUCUUCCUCAAAAUCUCAUUCAUCAUGUACAUAUCAACCUCGUCGAACUGUUUGACGUCCAUGUUUACUCUUUUGGUUAGACACAGUUCUACAUUUGUAUACCCUUCUAUGUUCUAUUAGUCUUACACAAAUCUUUUGCAAUAUAUGAAAAUAUAAUUACUCUCUC